AUGGCACUAAUUACCAGGGUCCCUGCAACACAAGAACAUUCCCCAGAUGAACCAUCAAAGGAGACCAGACCAGCUGCUCUUGAACCAUCAAAAGAAACCAGACCAGCUGCUCUUGAACCAUCAAAAGAAACCAGACCAGCUGCUCUUGAACCAUCAAAAGAAACCAGACCAGCUGUUCUUGAACCAUCAAAGGAAAUCAGACCAGUGGUUCUCGAACCUUCAAAGGAAUCUAGAUCAGCUGUAAUUGAACCUUCAAAGGAAUCUAGAUCAGCUGUAAUUGAACCUUCAAAGGAAAUCAGACCAGCUGUUCUUGAACCAUCAAAGGAAACCAGACCAGCUGUUCUUGAACCAUCAAAGGAAACCAGACCAGCUGUGUUGAACCAUCAAAGGAAACCAGACCAGCUGUUCUUGAACCAUCAAAGGAAACCGGACCAGCUGUUCUUGAACCAUCAAAGGAAACCAGACCAGCUGUUCUCGAACCUUCAAAGGAAACUAGACCAGCUGUUCUUGAACCAUCAAAGGAAACCAGACCAGCUGUCUUAG